AUGUACUCAUCAAUAUUCCCCUCUCGCUCCCUUGCUCUCUUCCUCUGCAUUAUCUUUCCCUUCUACCUCGCUCUCCGCGGAUCUGGAUCGUUGUCUGACGUCGCAAUUUUCUUUUCCAAGCUCUCCCUACGCGCCGAAGCCCUUCACGUUGCGCUCAACGCCCCUCUAGACACUCCUCCCCCAUCCAUUUCUAAAGCCCCCGUCGGGACUUCCACAAGGCCUGCCAAGGUUGUACGCGCAACUGAAGGAGGAAAGAAGCUCCCCGAAGAUUUGGCACACGCUAUCAACUCAUUCGAGCAGUAUGCGUCUCUCGCCCAGGGAGUCCUGCAGCGGAAGUAUGCGCGGUACGACCGCCAAACACCCGCGCAGAAGCUGAUGAGUGACAAGCUCGGGUAUCCUGAGCACUUUGAGAGGGCUACGGAAGGGAUCAAUGUAAACGCUCGUCUCUCGAAGCAGAUUGCACAGAUUUCAAGGAAGCAUUACCAAACCGGCCCAGGAGCGUUAACGGACGAAGACGAUGCCGAGUUUGGUCUGGUAGACCUGACAUUUGGACAUCUUUCACGAGACUGGAGCACGUUUGGCGCCAAAGAGAGGGAGGCUACGUUCCCGCCCGUCAUUGCUGGCCUUGAGAAACAUUUUGGUGAAAAUGGUAAGGGCAAGAAGGUUCUUGUUCCCGGGUGCGGCAUGGGCAGACUGGCAAGCGAUAUUGCUGAUCUUGUGCCUGAUCACAUGCCGAACAAGGCGGUCAAAUUCGUCGAAGGCGACUUCUUGGAGAUGUUCCCCGAAGACGGCCAAUUCGACGCCGUUGUCUCAUUGUUCUUCAUUGACAUUGGCAGCAACAUCAUUGAUUUUUUGAGCAACAUUCACCGGCUACUGAAGCCUGGUGGCACUUGGGUCAACCUUGGACCAUUGAAAUAUGGUACCCACACCGCCCUUCAGCUCUCCGCUGAGGAAGUCCUUCAUCUGGCGGAUCUGAUUGGAUUCGACGUAGACCUUUCAUCGCGGAAGAAUAUUGACAGCCUAUAUGCUCAACAGCCAGAAUCUUUGCUCAAGUUCACUUAUGUCACACAAUAUUGGACGGCCACAAAGAGAGUUUGA